AUGUCACAAAUACAACAGCAGGGAGAAAUACCGAAAGGUGUUAGCCCGAACCUUCUGAACAAGACCACAGUUGAAGCAUUGUCUGGACUCUCUGCUGGCUUCAUAACUACGAUUAUCACACACCCAUUGGAUCUUUUGAAGCUCAGAAUGCAGCUGGAUACAACGAACUGGCGAUCGCCGUGGAAUCGUAUCCGGGUGCUAUCUGGUGAGCUGCUUGCGAACUCGGUGGACGCAGAAACCAAGAAGCUAAAAGUGGGUUCUUUUACAAAAGAGUUAUACAGGGGAAUAACGCCUAAUUUGAUAGGAAGUACGUCUGCUUGGGGAUUGUACUUCAUGUUCUAUUACGAGUACAAAAAGCUUAUCGCUACAAUGGGUAGCAAGAAGGAACUCGACUCUGGUGAAUAUUUAGCAAGUGGCUUUGCUGCUGGUAUUUCAACCUCACUGAUAACGAACCCGAUAUGGGUAUUAAAGACCCGAAUUAUCAGCACUUCGAGAAAAGCCCCAGGUGCGUACUUAUCCACGCUGGAUGGAGCACGCAGGAUCCUCAAAGAGGAGGGCAUACUGGGUUUCUGGAAGGGUCUACCACCAGCAUUAAUCAGUGUAUCACAAGGAGCGUUACAAUUCUCCAUCUAUGAUACCAUGAAGACGAGCAUUUUGAAGCAACAAGAAGACAAUCUUACCACUUUCCAGUACAUCUACACCAGUGCCAUAUCUAAGAUGGUUUCCACGGUUGCCCUAUAUCCAUUCCAGGUUAUGAGAUCGCGACUACAAGGAUACACAGCGAUCGACCAGCCAAAGACCAUGAUCCAGGUAGCAAAAAAAUUGGUGAAGAAAGAGGGUUUCACCGGUUUCUACAAAGGUGUCGUCCCGAACUUGAUCCGGGUAGUCCCAGCUACAUGUAUCACCUUCGUGGUUUACGAGAAUGCUCGUACGGCGCUUUCCUAA